AUGUUCACCAUGUUCCCCUCCACAUCCACAGUACUGCUGCUGCUUCUGGGUUUGGUCUCAGCUCACUGCUGGUCUGAGGAGGAGGAAUCACAGGAGUACAGUGCAGAAUAUCUGGACAAUGAAAACAGCACUGAGGAUGAUGAAUACACUGUGUCAGCUUUGAUUGAAAAGGCCAAUAAGAACCUGGGUCAAGCUGAAGGCGAACCACUGGUUUUGUUUGGGGACAUUGCUGUGGAUCCUGGUUUAAAGAACGCUGAUCCCUGCACUUCCCGUCGGUGCAAGUGGCCCAAGAGGAGAGGGACUGUCUCUGUGCCCUAUGUGAUCUCAAAUCAGUUCUCAAACCGAGAGAGAUCCACCAUUGAAUCAGCUCUUGGUGCUUUUGCCUCCUCUACCUGUGUUCGCUUCAGGCGGCGCACCAGAGAGAGAGAUUUCAUCAGCAUUGAGUCACGUUCAGGAUGCUGGUCUUCCGUUGGGCGGAGAGGUGGCCGUCAGCAGCUGUCUCUGCAGCGGAGGGGGUGUGUCUUUCCCCAUGUGAUCCAGCAUGAGAUGCUGCAUGCGCUUGGAUUCAACCAUGAACAGACACGCUCUGACCGUGAUCAGCAUGUCCGUAUCCUCCUCCAAAAUGUCAUCCAGGGGAUGGAACACAAUUUCCGCAAAAUCAAAACCAACAACCUGGGAACUCCUUACGACUACAACUCAAUCAUGCACUAUUCCAGGACUGCUUUUUCUAGGAAUGGACAACCCACCAUAGUUCCCAUUCCUGACCCAAAUGUGCCCAUUGGUACAGCCAGGCAGAUGAGUCCCAAUGACAUCCUGAGGGUGAACAAGCUAUACAGAUGCAGUAAGUAUGCUCCCACAUACACAACACACAUGUCCGCAUGUAUCAUCAUAGCCAUAACCAUUUGUGAAACAGGUAAAUGUUACAUUCAAAUAUCCGGACAGUGA